AUGGGUCGGCUUGAUCGACUUGAACUCGAAAACUUCAAAUCGUACAAAGGACUGCAGACUAUUGGGCCUUUUCAUAAUUUUACAUCGGUAAUUGGUCCUAAUGGAGCAGGAAAAUCAAAUCUUAUGGAUGCUAUUUCCUUUGUUCUUGGAAUAAAAUCUGCUCAAUUACGAUCAUCUCAGCUUAAAGAUUUGAUCUAUCGAGGUCGAGCUAUGCAAGAUGAUGACGAAGAGGUCACUGAUGGAAUGGCUAUUGAAGGACGUACCAAUAAUCCAAAGCGAGCUUGGGUCAUGGCCGUAUAUAAAGAUGAUAAUGGAAAUGAAAUUAAAUUUACAAGAAGUAUAACAACAUCUGGCGCAAGUGAAUAUAAAAUAAAUAAUAAACCUGUUACAUAUGCGAAGUAUAAUUCUACUUUGGAACAACAAAAUAUAUUGGUAAAAGCGCGAAACUUUUUAGUUUUCCAGGGUGAUGUUGAAGCUAUCGCAUCUCAAUCUCCUAAAGAUCUAACUAGAUUGAUUGAACAAAUCAGCGGAUCAUUGGAAUUGAAAGCCGAAUAUGAGCAAUUAAAAGUUCAGCAAGAACGAGCAACAGAGAAUUCCGCGUUUAAUUUUAACAAAAAACGUGGAAUUAAUUCGGAGAUACAAGAAUAUCAAAGACAGAAAGCCCAAGCGCAACAGUUUGAGAAAUUACAGGCUGAAAGAACCCAAAUUUUAGUCGAUUAUCUUCUCUGGAAAUUAUUUCAUAUCCAACAGAAUAUACAAGGGUACAAGGGAGAGAUUGAUGAGCAUAACGAUGUCAUAAGAAGAAGACAAAGAGAACAGAAAAAAUUUGAUUCAGAAUUAAAGGAAGCCAGAUUGGAACAAUCAAAAGUUCAUAAAGAAUAUUUUCAAAUGGAAGGUGUUAUUAAAUCCAAAGAAAAAGAAUUGGAAGAAAAGCGUCCGGCUUUACUUACUGUUGAGGAGAAAAUAUUUCAUUCCAAAAGGAAGUUGAGUCAGUAUGAGCAAGAUGCUGAAAGAGUUCGAAAGGAUUUCGAUCGUCAAGUAAGGAAACUAAUAAAUCAUAAAAUGCAUUACAUUUAUUCACGUAGUUUCUUUACUAUAUUUUCUUCUUUACGAGCUGGAGGUGGCAGUAAUAAAAGACUUAAUGCUGAAGAUAUGGCUGAAUAUAGUAGAAAGAGAGAAGCGGCAAAUAAGAAAACUGUUAAUGAAAAACAACGACUAGUAAAUGUUAGACGACAAGAAAAAACAUGUCGCGAAUCUACUCAUCGAUUAAAAGAAAAAAUGGAAGAUUUAGAUAGACGCCGUAAACAAUUAGAGGAAGAGAAACUGGCGGUUUCUGAUCAAAAAGAAAAGGUUGGUUCAUAUGUGACGCAAUUAAAUGCGGACCUUGAAGCUGCCAGGAAAGAACUUGAAGCCGCUGUUGCCGAAAGGAAUUCUAUAAAUCAACAAGAAACUCAAUAUAAUCGAGAAUUACAAGAAACACUUAACAAACUUACGGUAGCCAGUGUAGACCAAAGGGAAUCGGAACGAGAACAAAAGAUGAAGGAAUGUUUAGAGAGUUUGAAGAGGGUCUUUUCAGGUGUUCACGGACGUCUUCUAGAUUUAUUCACCCCUAGUCAACGUAAAUAUGCUGUACCAGUAUCAAUAAUUCUUGGGAGAAAUAUGGAUGCUAUCAUUGUUGAUCAACAGAAAACCGCUAUUGAAUGUAUACAGUAUAUACGUGAACAACGUCUUGGUCAUGCUACAUUUAUUCCUCUCGACACAAUUGUAGUUAAACCAAUAAAUGACAAAUAUCGUAGCUUCAUGAAAGGGGCUAGAUUGGCGAUUGAUGUCAUUACUUAUAAUGAUAAGCUAGAAAGAGCAUUUCAAUAUGCUUGUGGAAAUACUCUGGUUUGUGAUACUUUGGAGAUAGCUAAAUACAUCUGCUAUGAAAAAAAUCAGCAGGUUAAAGCUGUUACACUUGAUGGUACGAUUAUCCAUAAGAGUGGUUUGGUUACUGGCGGGCAUAGCGAUGAUAUUUUAACCGGCGCAAAAAGAGUAGCAGAAAAGAGACGCGCUGACAAUAUUGAUGAAUUAAGACGUCAGAGAGAUGAUCUUUUAUCCAAAUUGAAUAACUUGAGCAAAUCUAAACGAAGGGGAAAUUUUGAAGAACAAAAGAAGAGCGAAAUAUCUGGACUAGAGUCUAGGCUGAAAUUUUCCCAGGAAGAAUUGAGUGUUAUCACACGUAAGCUCGAAUCAAUAAAUAGCGAAUUAAAUUUUAUCGCUAGUGAAACUAAUGAAUUACAGCCAAGAUGGAGAAAGGCUCAUUCAGAUUUAACAAAUUUUGAAAAUCAAAUUACACAGUUAGAAAAUACAAUACAUAGUAUUGAAGAUACCAUUUUUGAGGACUUCUGUGCGAAAAUUCAAGUUGCUAAUAUUCGUGAAUAUGAACAGCGUCAACUUCAGUUGGCGCAAGAAAUGGCCGAGAAGAGAUUGAAAUUUACAACUUUAAAAUCAAGGCUUCAAAAUCAAUUGAAGUUCGAAUCAGAGCAAAGGAAAGAAGCAGAAGAUCGGCUAAAUAAACUCGAAGCAGCGAUAAAAAAUGAUACUGAGAGGUUGACUCAACUCGGACAAGAAAAAGAACAAUUAUUGAGGGAUAAAAAGCUUAUUUCUGAUCAAAUUGCUGAAGCACAGAAUGCAUUAAAUGAAAUAAAGGAAUCUUUUGACGAGAAAACCGAUGCUGUUAAUGUGGCAAAGAGGAAGUUAUCCCAAAUAACAAAAGAGAUUGAACGAAUGAUGAAAGAAAUUGUAAACAAGGAAUCGGAUAUAGAGAAGUUAGAAGCAGAUCAAUUUUCUAUAUUCCGUAAAUGUAAAUUGGAAGAAAUCCAUUUACCUCUUGAAAGAGGAUCACUUGAUGAUAUACCAAUAAAAGACUCGCGGUUCCAAGACGAUGAUGAGAUGGAUAUAGAUGAAGAUGACGUUUUAUCGUCAAAUAGAGCUGGACCUAGUUCUACGGCAACAAGUUCUGGUUGGAAUGUUCAAGUUGAUUAUAGUUCAUUGACUGAUGAUCUUAAGGAGAAUGACGGGAUUGAAAUUGCAAAUGAGUUUGAAAAGAAACUUGAUGAGAAAUCUGCAAAAAUGGAAGAAAUAGCUCCUAUUUUAAAAGCCAUUGAACGUUUGGACGGUAUAGAACAACGUUUGCAUGACACAGAAAAGGAAUUUGAUAGCGCAAGGAGAGAAGCUAAAACAGCAAAGGAUAGGUUUAAUAAUGUCAAGCAAAAAAGAUGCAAACGAUUCCGCGCAGCUUAUGAUCAUAUUGAGAAAAACAUCGAUCGAAUAUAUAAAGAUCUGACAAAAAGUCGCAGUUUUCCUUUGGGCGGUACAGCAUACCUCAGUUUAGAAGACAAUGAGGAACCAUAUUUAGAUGGAGUCAAAUAUCAUGCUAUGCCUCCAAUGAAACGUUUUAGAGAUAUGGAACAAUUGUCUGGCGGUGAAAAAACUAUGGCAGCAUUAGCAUUACUUUUCGCUAUUCAUAGUUACCAGCCAUCACCUUUCUUUGUACUUGAUGAGGUAGAUGCUGCAUUGGAUAAUACUAACGUUGGUAAAAUUGCCAAUUACAUUCGAGAACACGCCUCUGACACCUUCCAAUUUAUCGUCAUCUCUCUUAAAAGUACUUUGUAUGAAAAGGCACAAGCUUUAGUUGGAAUCUAUCGAGAUCAAGAGGUGAACAGCAGUAAAACAUUAACUUUACAGGUAAUCAGUUUUCGCAAAAAUUUUUUAGUUAUCUUUUUUAUAGAAAACAAGUAUACUGAUUUGGUUCGUUUUCUUACUCAUAUUCAGCUUGAUAAAUUUCAAGAAUGA